AUGGGACGGGGCUCAGACUGCCAAAGCCGAGUUCCAGGACCGAGCGGAGUCGCGGCUGGUCCCGGGACAGUGGCUCCGGCUUCCGAGGGAGGCAGUGGCCGGAGACCGACCCGUCUCCGCCGAGCCGCGCACAUGGAUCUGAGAGCUCUAGUGCUGGGGAUCGUCCUGCUGGGGUGCUGGCAGCGAGCGGGCGCAGAGGACAAAGGCUUGCUCCAGAAGUGCAGGAGUUGCCAGGACUGCUCUGUGGACAACGGUUGCCUGAGCUGCCAACACCGACUCUUCCUCCUGAUCAAAAGAGAGGGAAUCCGGCAGCAUGGGGAGUGCGUGCACGUCUGCCCCGUGGGUCACUACAGCCUGAGGGGUAAAGAUGCCAACCGCUGCCUGAGAUGCAAGGCCACGAAUUGUGAAACCUGCUUCAGCCGAGAGUUCUGCAUCAAGUGUAGUCCCGACCACUACCUGCUGAAGGGCAAAUGUUACACGGCCUGUCCAAAAGGGUCAGCUCCACAGGUCCGACUGAUGGAAUGUGUGGAUGGAUGCAAAGUUGGGCCAUGGAGUGAGUGGAGUCCCUGCAUGAGGAACCAGCGGACUUGUGGCUACAAGUGGGGGUCUGAGUCCAGGUCACGGCAAGAGCUCUCACCCUCAUUGAAUCGUUCUGAGCCCUGUGUCGCCCUGACAAUGUCAAGGAAGUGCAGAAUAAAGAAAAGACACUGCCCCGGAGACAAAAAGGUGCAUAAAACCAGAGGGAACAAAUGGAAGAAGAAAGGUCUGGCCAAUGGAAAAAGAUCAGAGGAGUUCGACGACUCCUCAUAACGUCCGGGACUCGCCGAUCAAGAGGGGGAGGGGGCAAGUGUCCCAGACCUAAGGUGGGAACCUGAGGACUCGGGAGUACAAUGAAGUUGCACCAAGGACCAACAGGAGGAAUAUCCUCCUGUCAGAAGCAGAUGCUGGACUUUGUGUAGAUUUCCCCAAACCUGGAACUGCUUUCACCCUCCAGAAGGCCGUCGAUGCCAGGGGUCAGAGCGAGUCAUCAAUGCUGAGACUGAGAGGAGGAGCGAUAGUCAGUGACAGAGCCGGUUUGGG